AUGGUACGGAAUAUCUUUACCGCAAGCACGGUCGCUGUUAACUCCAGCCGAGGGAUCGACACUGUCUUAAGAGAGGACACUCUCGACUUACUGAAAAUCAAUCGACAACAUGGUCGAUUAAGCCCCACACAGAACCUAACGAUGGCCGCAAUCCACUACACGAAUUAUGCCGCAGACGCGGACUGCCGAGUCCUCCUGCAACAAACACGAAACAUGCCAGGAGUUUAA